AUGUUAACUGGUGACCAAUUAGCAAUUGCUAAAGAAACUGGCCGACGUCUCGGCAUGGGCGAUAAUAUGUUUCUUUCUACUACGCUCAAAGAAGGACCUCCACCAGAUUCUGGUUAUCGAGAUAUUGACGAUUUGGUUUUACAUGCUGAUGGUUUUGCUGGUGUAUACCCUGAACACAAAUACGAGAUUGUUGAUCGAUUACAAAAGAUGGGUCAUAUGAUUGCAAUGACUGGUGAUGGAGUCAAUGAUGCACCGGCAUUGUCAAAAGCUAACGUGGGCGUUGCCGUUGCAGAUGCGUCCGAUGCUGCGCGAUCAGCAGCGGAUAUUGUACUAACAGAACCAGGUUUAUCAGUCAUUAUCGAUGCUAUUCUUGGCUCGAGACAAAUCUUCCAACGUAUGCGAAACUAUGCUAUCUACACAUGUUCCAUAACAAUUCGUAUUUUGGUCGGAUUUUCUGUGCUGAUCUUUGCUUACAAAUUCGACUUUCCCUCAUUUAUGAUUCUGAUUCUUGCUAUUCUCAACGACGGUACAAUCUUAACUAUAUCGAAAGAUCGAGUAAAACCGUCUUCUUAUCCAAACAGUUGGCAUCUCUCGGAAAUCUUCACAUAUGCGAUCGUAUAUGGUGUCUAUCUAGCAGCCUCAACGAUUGCUUUCUUUGCAGUUGCAGUCGAUACAACAUUUUUUCAAGAUAAAUUCGGUGUUCAACACUUUCCAUACAAUUCACAAUCAAAUAUCAAUCCAGGUUACAAUCAUCCAGUCUUAAACUCGAUUAUCUAUUUACAAGUGUCAACCAUUAGUCAAGCAUUGAUCUUCAUCACUCGUUCACAUAGUUUCUUCUUUCUCGAACGUCCAUCCAUCGUCCUCGUCGGUGCUUUUCUCAUUGCUCAACUGAUUGCAACAUUCAUCGCUGUUUGGGCUAACUGGAAUUUCACCCAUAUACACGGUUGUGGAUGGACAUGGGCAGCUAUUGUUUGGAUAUGGAAUAUUAUUUGGUUCUUCCCAUUAGAUCUUUUGAAAUUCGCUCUUCGUGCAUACUUCGAUCGACAACAUACACAAACCAUGGCUGAAACGUUUGCCGCUCAACCGUCUACUGAAAAUCAACGUCUUCGUCGACAAACUACGAUCUCAAGUGAUAACUUUGGUCCACCGUCACGCAGCUUCAUAAGAAGAACUUCAAUUCAAAGACCUUCAAGAAGAGAAACAUUCGCACAAGCUACUGCUAGAUAUUACACACCCCACACUCAACAUUUAUCAAUACAUCAUCAUCGAAAUUUUGCAAAAAUGAUGCAUAAUCAAGCCGAUGAAAAUCCACUAUUCAUGGUUGACAGCAACGAAUUACAACGUUUUUCACUCGUACAGGCACAUCAUGCUUCGAAACUGCUCAAUAGAAACAAUGGAUAUAUAGCAACAACUAAUGUCUAA